AUGUCUAAAACCGAUGAAAAAAAUAUGAUGGGAAGAUGGGGCGCCACUUCAUACAUUGUUGGCAACAUAAUAGGUUCUGGUAUAUUUAUAACACCCACUACAAUUUUAAAUAAUGUUCACUCUGUUGGGGCUUCUCUCUUAAUUUGGAUAUUGGCUGGAAUUAUAGCUACUUUGGGGGCUUUGUGUUAUGUUGAAUUAGGUACAAGUAUUAGAAAAUCUGGCGGUGAUUUUGCUUAUUUGUGCCAUGUUAGAUGGACAGCUAUUGCAUUUUCUUUUAUGUCCUGUGCUUGUAUUUUUACUAAUCCGGGGACUAUGGCUAUACAGAUGGAGACGUAA